UCGUGUUCGCCAGUUCGUCGAAUACGAACAGUAGAGACGUGAAGAAAAAUUGGUCCGCCAGCUUCGCAAGGCAAGAAAAGUUGAACCAUUGUGCAAAAUCAUAGUGCAAGUUCGUUUAUUCGGCCAUUGUUUCCCAAUAUAUUGUUUUUGCGCACAUGCUGCCUACAGCAAUACAGUUUUUACUAGAUCAGGCCAUUGCCAGAAUCGGUCGCGAUUCGACAAACGAGAAAACCAUUGCGUGUAGAAAAAAAAUCGCUGAGUAAAUUGGUGUAGGGUGAAUGAGUGAAAAAAACAGUGGGGCGAGGAAAAAAGAGGCCCUUUCUCUGCGUCAGUGAAUAUAUCGUGCUACACAAGAUUGGCUAGGAAGUAGACGAAAGUGUCCUUCCAGUUCCGGUACUUCGAAAAUUUAUCGCGGCUGAAACACUUCGUAGCAUCAAGGAAGAAGCCAAAAAACAUACAUUGGGUCAAAACUUCAAUCAAUGGUCUUCGGGCAAUAAAUAGCAGGCUCUCCGAACAAUAGUAAGCUGAUCAACAAGUAUAGCUGAAACAUAAAAUAACGAAGGGCAGCAAGUAGGCAAAAGUGUCGAAUUCGGACAAGUGAUUUACAGUAGCGCUGCAUUAGUUUCCAAAGUGAAGGGGCAAAAAUUCUCACAACAAAGAAAGAGUGUAUUCAGUGUGUGCUCUGGUGGUGAAGAAAAUUUAUAAGAAUUAAAUAUGUAAACAAAACCACGCGAGACGGGAAGAGAGUUUAAAAAAUCAAAAAGUAAACAAGUGUUUGAUUAGAGAUUUAGCUCUCGCGCAGCAAUAAAUUUGUGCGAAAAAAAAAGUAAAAAAACUGUAUUGUGUACGUUUGCCUCGUAAGGGUUUAGAAAGUUGGCUUUUUUGAAGUUUCCGCUGAGAUCAACAGAGCAAACAGGAAGACAAAAUACAAACAGCGUGCGCGACGGCAGAUCGUACGCACGCCAACUUCGAAGACAACCAGGCAACAGAGCAAGUGAAUGAGCGAGGCAAAACUGCGAAGUUGAGAUAGGCCCAGACCAUACCAAUAUCAAUAAAAAAAUGAACAUCGAUUCGAGUAACGCAUCCGAACAAGCAACAACAACAGCAACAGCAUUAUCUGUAUCAUCUAAAUCGCCACCAACAGCAGCUGGUACGGAAGAAGAGGAAGAAUCCACAUUGGUCGAAAUCUCGCCUUCAUCAUCAUCGUCGUCACCAUUACCGUCGUCUCGAGCAAGCAGUACCGGUACGGGUGACGAUGUUGUGCCUAAUCCGGAAACCAACAUCGGCAUCGAACCGACAACCCCAAAUACGAUCGCUGUAGACAUUCACGCAGCUUCAGCAGAUACUACCGAAGCUAGUACAGUGGCAUUAGUUGAAAAUCUGCCUUCUCAGCAGCAGUGUCUACUAGCACCGGUGGCAGUGCAGGUUGCAAGUGAUCAACAAUUGAAGCAACAAUCACGGCACCAUACUCCGUUCCAGUCCUCAUCAUCACUGUCUACUCCGUCCUCAUCAGAAGAAUUCGACGAAUCUGUGGCUACCAGUAGCACCGAAGGCGCCUUGAUUGUUUCCAGUAGCAAUAAUCUAUUGAAUAACAAUAGCACCGUGACAGGUAACAGUGAACAGGAAACAACAGGCCAACAGCGGAAUGUAGCCGAAAGUGUCCUUUUGCCAUCGCCAAUAGUCACAGUGGCUACUAGCACGCCGGAACGUGCUGUCAUUAAUAAAGAAAAGGAAGCGCAUAGUACUGCACCAAUAGAGAUAGUACAAAUCUUUCCCUUCUCAACUACACCGCUGUACUCGUCAACCACAUCAGCAUUCUCAUCAUCUUCAUCUUCCACUUCGAGCAUGUCGCCGACGUCCUCGGCGUCAACCUCAUCUUCACCUUCCGUUUCUCCCUUGGCAGCGGAUCAACAAAUGGUAGCGACAAGUACACCACCUUCGACACAAGUUCAAGCGGAUAUAUUAAACGAGAUGAAAGAUGUAACGUCGCACGAGGCGGUACGACAGAAUGUCUCUGAAAGUGAUAAACUUGCGGACGGAGACCUGAAUCCAAAGUGCCCGGAACGCGCAUAUAUGCAUAACAGCUCACAGUUGCACAGCAGUCUGAAAAAGCCCAGAUCAGGUAGCGAUCUUAGCGAGAAACCCGACCGGCGCCGUGUAUCGUUCCCGAUCGAUACGCAACUCAUUACCGGUUACCUGGAGCCAAUUGAUCCGUGGGCCUGUGUCACAGUCAUUAGUGUACCUGAUUUGAUAGAGCUCUACAAAAAGUCCAGCGAUAGGCACGGUACUAAGCCCCUUUCUGCAAUAAUUGAACACUUGAAAAAGCUCGACCUCAGUCAGCAACAGCGUAUAUCACUGCUGUCAUUGAGGGAUCAGAAUCUCAGCCAUGGUUCCUGCGAAGCGCUGGAAGAAGUGUUCAAACGUGUGCAAUAUCGAUGUAUCAAUGCGUCCCACGCCGGGCUGGAUGACACUAGUGCAAGUACUCUGUUCGAUAUGAUCGAAUACUACGAAGCCACCAACGAGCUGGACUUCUCAGACAAUUUAGCGAUGACCAAUAAGAGUUGGCUUGCAUGCAUAAAUAUGGUGAAGAAGAGUCAAGCUUUAAACGUACUUAUCACACGAGGGCCAGGAAUUUCCGAACAUCAUGCUGGAGGCCUAGCAAAAGCUCUCAAUACGUCCGCUAUUCAUACGCUUAAGUUGGAACAUUGCGAAUUGUCCCAACGACCUCUAAUGGUGUUGUGCAAUCUGCUUAAGAGAAAUACUGUGUUAAGAGAACUGUCGUUAGCUUAUAAUCAAUUAACCUGGGAGGAUGCAAAAACAAUUGCAACUUUACUACAAACAAAUUAUCAUCUCCAGCUGUUGGAUAUCUCAAACAACAACAUCGGAGAUAAUGGCGUCGAGCUGAUAGUCAACGCUCUGAUUGAACAGUCAAUCUAUUUAAGAACGAUGCAUGAAACAAAGAGAAAAACUGAUUUCAGCAUAGCAGAUCUUUCGAGCAGUUUGAACAACAUCAACAGUAAUAAGAGCUUUUUCCCCAAUUCAUACUGUAAAACAACGCAACAUGGAACACAGAAAAUUGCACAGCGCAAGGAGAGACAGAGGAAGAAACAAAUACAGCAACAGCUGCAGCCAGGGUCGGUUUCCAGUUUGUUGGAUAGUUGUUCCCCCACCGAAAUGGCGUCUGCAGUUCUACUGGAUGCCACUCCGAUGACUCCGCCACCAACACCGGCCUUACCGUGUGCGAGCACUUCAUCGGAUGAUGUUUUCCUCACGUCGCCCAAAUUGACAUCCCCGCCAGUCGUGCAAUCCAAAGAAAGGGAACCACCACCUAUUUCGCCUGCAUAUAUCACUAAAGAACUAGUCGAACUGACGAAGCAGGAGGCGUACAGUACAAAUGAUGAUAGCGGUAUUAACAGUAGUGUGUCCAGUGACGUGGAACAAACAAAUAGUGAUAAUAGCAAUAACGACGUCACGUCAUCAGUUUUAGAAUCUGAGCAAAAAAAAGCGUUGCCUGUGUCACCUGUAAAAGUGCCGAACCAACAGAAAAAGAAUGACAUAAUGGCAUCGUCAGACAUAACUGUCGAUGAAGUUAACGACAGUGGCGGUGGUGGUGGAGAAGUAAAUGUUACUAUAACUGGAGAAGAAGAUACACAAACUAUCGAUGAUAUCCUUGAUGAAAAUCAUGAAGAAUUUGUCAAAGGACCUAAGAAGGCAAAACUAGCCAAGCAGGAUAGCAUAUCGAACGAAUCCGAGUUAUGCGUACCAGAGAAAAUGCAUGAUUUAGGGGAAAGAAAUGUUGAGGUCAAACUAAAUCUACCCAAAGUAGAAGUCCCAAUGGACGAAGAUACACCAGAAGUUUGUGAGGAUUAUGACGAUGAUCCUAGUUUGAAAAUUGUAGAGGAAAACCUUCUCGUUGACAGAAGUAUAAAUGAAAGUACCAGUGAAGAAAUAAAACAUCUGAUAGCCAAGGACGAUGCAGUUGAGAAUGGGAAAUCUGACACAGGCGACAACGAUGACAGUGCUUCUUUAGUACGAGUUCCGUUGAAAAAAGAUGAACUACAACUGCUGUUAGAAUCAAAAUCAAAGAGACAAGCAGAACAGGAACAUGGGCUUGAAAUUUCACCAACUCAUAGUUCAGAAACUAUUGAAAAAGAUAAUACGAAUUCAACAAGUGCAACACCAAAGCAGUUGGGAACGAUACCACUCAAAACAAUCGAAAUCGAUGAUAAGCCGCUAUCACGUUCGUUGGAUAGCACCGGUUCCACAGAUUUCGACAAUACAUUUUUGGCCUGCAAUGAACCGUCAAAUUUCCCCAACGAACGUUCAUUUAGUUUAGAAAGCCUCAACAGCGAAACGUCUGUAGAUUCCAAUGAUUCCAAAAGUAGCCUGAAAAUCAUGCAAUCGAAGUUUGCUGCACGAAACGGCACACUCGAAAGGCAACAAUCGAGUGUUAACAAAGAAACACAACAGACGGAGCAAUCUCCAGCUGCUGCUUGCGGGCUGCAAGUGUUGGUUCUAUGGAACAAUGAAAUAACACGAAAUUCAUCUCAAAAUUUUGCUGAUUUAAUCGAAAACACUUCCACAUUAGAAAUUCUUAACGUAGGUUGCAAUCUGUUGUGCAACGAUUUCGUGGCAAACAUCAAAGAUAGUCUCAAGUGCAACAGUAGUUUGACCAGUUUGGGGCUACAAGGAGCACAUCUGUCCGAUAACGGUGCAAAAGUGAUGGCGGAGGUUAUCGAGUUUGGUGGCAAUUCGACGCUACAGUGGAUCGAUCUGAGAAACAACAACAUAUUGGCACCUGGACUAGAUCAAUUGAACGAAGCCCUGAAGUCGAACAAAACCGUGACGAGGAUCGAUCUUGAUGAUGUGCCUAGGAGAACAGCGGAAAAUUCCAUCGAAGUGGGAUCAGAGUACUCCCGCUUGCUGACCAAUAUAAGAGCUCAGUGCGAACGCAACAAACACCCACCGGAGCAAACAGAACCAAUAAGCACGUCCAUUAAACGUGUCCGCGCUUCACAUCUGAGUUCACGAAAGAUUUCGCUUACCUGUACAUCAAUUCGGACGCCGUCUAGCGCAACAUCUAGCGAAAAGCAUCACCAUCAUCUGCUAGAUCCCAGCAAGAAAAACGGUGGGCGCUUACGUUCUCCAUUACCAAGUCCUAUUCCAUCACCAAGUGCAUCCCCUGUACCAAGUCCGUCGCGCAAUCGGUUCCAGGUGACACGUGUUGGCGAGUCUGCCGGCAGUAGUAGCAGUCUCACAAGUAUUAACAACAAUACAUCUACCUCACCGUCGCCAUCAUCAACAGGCAGCUCGCCGACACUGUUUUUCGCUGCAAACUCUCGUUUUCGUGUUGUCACUGUUGAAGAACCGCUGCCAUCGACCGUAGCUAAAUACCAACCAAAAGUGUCAUCUUCAUCUGUAUCGCCCUCGCCUCUCGCAAUCGAUAACAUCGGUCGAAUGCCGCCCAUGGGUAGUAGUUCUGCGCCAGCACUGUCGUCAUACGUUAACUCGCCAAAGUAUAAUUCAUCAUCAUCGCAAACGGUUGCUAAUAUACCAUCGCCAACGGUGCUAGCACAACAGAGUCCCAAACAGGUACCACAGCAACAGAACACACCGCAGCAGUACCCAUCACCGUUCAUAGACACGCCAGUUCCAUCGACACCAAAAUCUAGGCAUACACGAUUACCGUCUACCAGCAGUAACCAGUUGAAUGAUUCUCUCAAUUCAACGACGUCUAUCGAUAGUCCAGAUCUUGAAGUGAAACGGUUUAUGAGUGGUACUUCUGGAAUGAACAUUAGCACAGUUAUCACGCCGGUACAUUCAUCUACAAUGGACGAUAGCUGUUCGUCCAUAAGCAGCAGUAUUGACUCGAGUGAUAUUGCACAAUAUCCCAACAUUUCGAUCAGCUCAGCGGACGAAAGUUUCGAUCCGGUUGCCAAUUCCCCUCCAUCAUCUUCUCUGUCGGUGAGUUCGACUAGUACGGCUCCACUUACUAAAACGGCUAGUUCGCAAAAACAAGUGCAACUGAAUCAUUCACCAGUAAAGACUGCCGCUAACCUUGUCAACGCUAACUUACUGAAGGUGAAAAAUAAUAGUCUAUCCAGCCUGGAGGCGAGCAUCAGUUCACAGGAAUCGCUAUACGACGUGCACGAUUUGUCCUUUCCAACAUCAUCGGGCUGCUCGUCAGCGCAGGUCGCUAAGCUGGCUCUUCCGACCAGUGGGAACUCUAACGAGAGCACUUUGACGUCGGUGCAGAGCCUGGAAAAGGAUAAGCAAGCAGCGGUGACAACAGGCAAACCAUCGGAAAAGCAACCCCGCACACGGAAAACUUCCUGGAUCGCGUCAUUAGGGAACCACCCGAAGUCGGACAACAGUUCGGUGCCAUCGUCGGGUAGCAAUACUGGUAGUGGCUCAACUGGAAGCGGAUAUUCACCAGCCAUCGAAAAAUUACUAGCCAUCUUCAACAGCCCAAGCAAUUUGUUCUCCUCUAGCAAAUGUAGUCCACCGAGCUCAGAAAGUUCCAGCGUAUCAGCGAGUACUGCUGGUGGAGUGAAGGAAAACACAUCCAAUCCUCCAUCACGCAAGGAAAGCCCUAUGGGUGGACUAUUCCAAUGGUCAAAGUCGACAAAAGACGAGGAUAAAGUUUUGAAAGUGAACGUUUCACCAGAGAACACUAUCACUUUUCAACAGGUACAACCACAAGCCCAUUCACCGCAAGUUCCAUCUCCGAUUUACUGUGUUGAAAAUAUGCCGACACAGUUGAAAGCAGAAAUGAAGGAAAACAUCUCCCCGGAGAACACUAUUACCAGAAGCAAAUUACUGGCGAGUCCUUUAGCAUCUUCACAGGCUGCUAGCGUGGUAGUCUCAGUGGCACCUAUUACAACAACGACAGCCGCAGCUACUCCACAUCCGAAAGUUAUAUUCCAUCUAGGUGACGACUACGACGAGUCCGAGGAUGACAUCGAUACACUUACUAGCAAGUAUGGCGGUAGUGCAACUUGCGGUGGUACAGCUGCUGAUUUCAACAAGGCAUCAAUUCAACAACCAAUCGCAUCGUUACUAGGAAGCAGUGCUGGUAGUACUACUACGAGCAGUAGUGGAAUUAGUGUCAGCAGUUACGCAACCGAAGGAACGUCUCCUCUACCGAGCACCAUCCUUCAAACUAGUCAUCUCGGACAGUUGGCUCGCGAUUCGUUAGUAACAAUGUUCAAGAAUCCUUCGCUCGCCUCACAGGACUCGAUCCGGUCAAGCGAUUCUUUGAGCGAGGCAACUGAAACGAUGCAAUCGCAAACACCACAACAACACGAUACAGGUAACAGACAAGCUCAGUAGCGAACUUGGGUAGAGCGUACCAGUGUCGAGUGGUUGAUUUAAGCGGAUCAAAACCAGGUAAGCCAGUUAUACUGCAUCCAAUCAAAAGUAAAGAAUUGGAUAUUGAAUGCUAUUAACCAAGAACACUGUGGGUGCGGUAGAGAAGCUAUAUUUUGCAAGUGUUGCGCCGGUGUCUCUCUCACAUUCAGUUCAUUAUUGCUGGCAUUUGGUAGAUCGUUCGUUGUUUAUGCAUUUCUGACUUAUCGAAGUAAAACAAAGUAAAUGAUGUGCCUUCUUUAGAUGCAAAUGGAGCAAUGAAAAUAAGAACAAGCGAAAGAAUAGAAACACACACUAGGGUAUGCGAUAUACACAUUAAAUACACAAGAAGUCCCAAGAGCAGAGGCUAGAACAAGGAACGGUUAAAUUAUUUAACUUAUAACGAGUGUCUGAAUGAUAGUUUCAUGGCAUAUGAAGGAGGUGCGGGCAGCUAUGGUGAACGCAUGUCAUGCGAAGCAAAACUUAACGUAUUUGCUCGGAAUUCCCCAGUUUCUAUUUCAAGCGUAUAACGAUUGUAAUAUGGAUUGCGUUCAAUGAAGGAUUUAAUACCAGCAGUGUGAAACUUUUUGAAAUCGAUUUUUAUAAACAAGGACUGAAGUUUUCAUCUACGAAGAAUUUUUAAAAGCUUUUCAAUAGUUUUCAGUAGACAGCGUGUGGAUUUUUAAGAAUUGUAAAUCAUUAGUUACUUUUGCUGUAUUCGUAGCCUUGAGUAUUAAAAUGCGAAUGCGUAACCGACCGCCUGCACUGUCCGUCAUAUAAGAGUACCUGAGCAAUCCGUGAGAGCCUGGUUGAGCUUAAUAAAAUAAUCCGCUAAGUGGAAAGAAUCGAAUGAACCGAGUAAAUGUUUGAAGACGAAUAUAGCGCUGCGCAUGGAAAAAAGCAAGCUUACACUUGGAAUUAUUAAAUAAAUGAAUUCAUCAAGACACAAAAACCCUUCAAGGCACUGAAACAAAAAUCUGAGUAUUAAAUAAAAUUAAACAGAAUAAGGAAAGAAGAAGUGUAAUUGAGUAAUUUAAUCCUCUUUCAAAACCAUUGUGAUAUUAGUUGUAAUCUACACGAUUAUUUUAUUAACUGAAUUGUAAUCUUAAUACGAGAGGAAUGAAAGAGUAUACGUUAAGGUUAUGUGAGAAUUUGAGUGCUAUACAGUAAACGUUAGACAACAUUCAGUCUAGUUUUGCGAACAUAAACGUAUUGCUCUGAAGUGUGCAGGAUAACAAAAAUCACGUGUUUCGUUUCUAGUACUCCAUUUUUGGAUACUUUUUGUUUUGAAGAAUCACAAGUAUAAACCAUUUCGUAUCUUCAUCAUCGAUACAAUUUUGUGACAUGUACUCCAUUUUUUGGUCACGUCAGCUAAUGCGACAUUCGAGAGAGAUACGAUACGGCAAUAUCAACAGUAGAAUAUGUUUCAAUGAAAAUAGAUGCGCCAGAAACUUACCGGCUAAAGUACGUUAUUUUAAUGAAGUUAGAAGACUGCCCAUCCAAUAUACUUAAUUUUUGCUUCAUUGGGUUUAUCGGGAAAAUUAUAAAAAUGCUCACUUAAAAGUUAAGCCCCGAAUGAAACACGUUCGAAUAAAGCCAUUGAACUACUCACUCACAGUGCUUCUUGCCAAGAACAAAGUAACAUUACGACAGGAGUAAGACAUUCAGUUUUGCAAAAAAAAGAACAUCGUUCAUGGAAACAGGAAUCAUUAUCAUUUAAAAAAAAAAUGCAACAGCUGCUGGUUUUCAACUUUUCAAACAUCAAGAUAGACCAGCCAGCGAUAAAAAUAUUGUGGAGCAAUAAUGAAAACUCACAGGUUGAUUUAAGUUUCAAUUCGAGGCAGGCGCAAAAUGCAAAAAUAUUAUUUCGUAGGUCACAGACAGGAAACGAAUGAAGCAAUUUCACCGGUUAACGUGGCUUUUCGAUUAGAAUUUCAGACUAUAUUAUUAAAAAACAAAAUCUGGGUACGAUAUAAAUUUGGUCAAAAUCAUUUUUAUUACCUUCGUUAAAAUUUACGACACAGUAGAACAUCCAAAAUAUCGGAUAAUUCGUAUCUUCGAAACACUGAUUUUGUUGCGAUGGUAAUAAUUUCAAGGGUGAUGUUUAAUACUGGUGGAAAUAAUUUGAAUCUAACCGAUUUGGCAUACUGAUUUUACACGCUUAUCUUUUCCUUUUUUAAAUCUACGCCAGCAGUGCUUUGAUGUAAACGAUCUCUGCAUUAUUUUGUUGUUUCACAUUUUCAACGCUUUCUGUUUUUACAGUGGUUCUACAUCGGUGUAGCUCUUUUGCAUUGAAAAUUCGGUUUUCGUGCUCCACUACAAAUUCUUUUUUUGCAUCACUUGCAAUUAGGGAUGUCAUCUGGUCAGAGUUGAAAAUCACCUUUUUUCAACAGAAAUUUGUCAUUUUUAUUUAUAUUAGCAUAAAUUAGACCAUUUAUAUUUCCUUCGAGGAUCCAACCGGUAGUGAUCCUUAAUCCUAGGAGGAUCCGAUUUUAUUAAAUAUUUUGAAAUUAUUCAGUAUUAACAAUUGCCAGAUGUCCUUCUAAUAGCGAAUUUAUUCCCAGAGCUCAGCUAGUUUUGACCUGGAGUAGGUUUGCUACCGUCAAAACCCUUUUUUAUUUGCUUAGUUUUGACCCAGUGUUUAAUUGUUAUAAUAAGUUGUUAUAAUUGUAUAAUUGUUAUAGUUUAUUCAAAUUCAUUUGACAAAGUGUCCUAAUGAAUAACUUAAUACUAGAACAAUGCCAAUAAAUUAUCGCAAAAAGGCUACCUAACUCGAAUUCUUUCGCAGUAUCCAAAAUAACUCCCAGAUCUCGAAUUUGUGUCACUCUGGAUAGAGUUGACCCGACAUGGUAUAACCAAAUAGGAUCGGCUUCCUUGCCCGAGAGAAAGGGAUGACACUACAUUUCUGAAUGCUUACAGAAAGAAGGUUUUUAGAAUACCAUUGGCUAAAAAUAUUCACUGUUGCUGGAGCUCACCGCAUUUUGCUUUUGCAGAAUUUCUCACAACUUUGAAGAGUUUAACAUCAUCAGCGUACAAUUUACGGCAACCUUCUGCGAGCAGCAGAGAAAUAUCAUUGAUUAAUAACAUUAAGAGUAGCGGUCCUAGAUUGCUACCUUGCGGGACUCUAGAAACAUUCGUGAACUGCACAGGAAACUUAAUUCUUAUCUUCACACAGAGUGUUCGAUCCAUCAAAUAGGAACCUAGCUACUGCACGAGAGAAGAUGAAACUCCAAGUUUAGCUAAAAGUGGUCUACUCGAUCGAACGCCGCUUUCAGAUCGGGGUAUACUGCAACUAUUGGAGCACCGUGACUCAUGUUUCGCAAGCAAGUCGACGAAAACUCGACUAAGUUAGUUGUAAUCGAUCGUUAUCCAAGGGUAUGUAUUGUUUGCAGCUGGCGAAAAGGGCGUCGUUAACAAUUAUUUCCAUCCUUGGAGCAUGCGCAGAGAGAUGUGAUGCCCCUAUAGUUUUGCACAUCAUGUCUAUCGCCUUUCUUGUGCACGAGAAACAUAAUGGAAAAUUUCGAACUGGAGGGAAAUACGCAUUGCCGAAGAGAUAUAUUGAACAACAGGUAUAACGGAUGAAUAAGGACAGAGGAACAUCGUUUCAGAACGCACGAUGGAAUUCCAUCAGGACCAGCAGUGCCGUGACAAUCGCCAAGAAACAUAUCCACUGGUAAUCCUUCUUUGCGCUUGGAACGCACGAACGACCAAAAUAACCGUGGAUUUCGUCUGAGGUUGCUCUGCAUCCUGGAGGUGUACCAUUUGUAGGGGUAGCGGUUAUAUCUUCUAUAUAAAUUCCUGAUUCGGUUGAAUCGCUGAUUCGAAGCCGGGCAACGCGCUUUACAAUAAUUUGUGAGAAAAAGCAAGGCUUAACGAUUCAAAAUUAGCACUACGAAAAUCAAGACUUGGAACGUCCCCUAUAUCUUCGAAUUACACGGGUGGAGUUACAUUAAUCGUCAUAUCUAAUGCCGGGUGAUUCACGUCAAGCGGAAGUGCAGACUCACUUGCUUCAACAAGUUCGCAUGAGGUGGCGUCGUUCAAUAGUACCAGAUCUAGUAGAUGGUCGUAGUCGUUAGUAGCGUGGUUCACUUGAGUCAGGUUGUGCAAUCUAAACCCAUCUAGUAGAGCGGCGUAGGCAACGGAUAUACGAGAAUAAAGCAAAUUAAUUUUUCAUUCCUGUUUAGGAUGGUACUGUCCCAGUGGAAUAAAGAAAUUUGCUAUAAAUCAGAAGGGUGGUCUCUAUACUUCCAAUGCUGUGGCACUCGAAUGAUACUACGUUGUUAUUACUAAUGUCGAUUCAAUCGUUAUUGCACCACCGGUGUAAAACUUCUACACUAAAACUGCAGUCAAAUCUUAAGUUUCUUUUUCCUUCAAAAUGUGAGCUUGUUACCGGAUAAAUGCUUCAUUCGUUAUUACAAUUUGCAAAAAAUAGUAUAACCAAACAUCCAAAAAUAUGAUAUAAAAAAAAACAAAAGAAAGAAAUUUUUUAGUUAAAAUGAUUAUAAAAUACAUCAAAAAAUUAUAUUUGGGUUUUCAUGUCCAAUUUAAAAUACCUACGAGAUACAAUAACCAAUUUAUAGACACUGAUAUUGGACAUUUCUAGACCCUAGCAAAAAUGUGGGAAUCCUCUCGAGGUUUAAUUUUUUUCUGUAUUCUUAUUUAAUGAGCGAGUGAUAUUUUGUUUGGGUCGACCAAUAUUUUUUCUUGAAAAGAGCUUGUCGGAAUCAAAAAACGCCAAAAUUUAAACAAGUUUUUAAAGCUGAAAAAUACUACUAGAAGAUUGGAUUAUCCCAUUUUUGCUAGCCACUAUCUAGUAAACACACAGUAACGUAAUUUCAUUCAAAAAAAAAAGCCUAUACAAAAAAUAUUCUCGUUACUUAUGUUACUGCUCAUCUUUUAAGCAAAAGCUAUAUUUUGUUUCGUGUAUGAAAAAAAAACUAAAUCUUAAAUGUAAAUUUUGUUUUUGGCAGACCCAGUAUAAAUUACAGUAAACAUGGAGAACAUAGUUCCCCAACUAUUGUCAUUUACCCAAGAUAGUGUUAACAGAAAAUUUCCCAGUGUUAUUUAAAACAAUAAUUAACAAACAAAAACAUACAGCAAACGCAGCCGAUUUUGUUUCAGUUUUUACAAGUAUCUUCAUUUAAUAUUUCUGUGAUACAAGGUAGCACACUUGUGAUACAAUUACAAUUAUUUUUAAAUCUAACCAACAAUUCUACUAAACCAACAAGUAAUCUAACGAAUCAGAAACAGUCUGUUGAUUCUGGCGCGACAAUUUUCCCGUAUCUUUAGAACAGUUUAAUCAAACCUAUUCUGUAUUUUUUAGUUCUGAACGUUCUCGGUUUGUUUUUACCUUAAUUGAGUCUAACAAUGAUAAAGUGUGGGGUAAUGAAACAACACUAAUCGAAAUACUUAUUUAUGUCAUAUUGUGGUGCAGUGUUUGAACAAGUGGAAUGCACUAAAUAGAAUUUUAGGUACUUAUGCGUAUGCGUUUCGCGUCGUGAUUGAUCCAUGUUUUGAUUCUCUUGUAUUCUUAAAUAUGCGCCACGAAGAAUCGUUUCUCAAGAGCUGAACGGAGAUGUAUCGUAGCUAACAACUGGACCGGACAGAAAGUAAUUUUUAAACCGCAGACAUUCAGUCAUGGGAUUCUUGCGCGACCAUUUUAAUUUCUUCACGCCUUGUUUGCGAAUCAUCGAAUUAAAUCGGUUUUCAUAUUCUAUUCUGCGAGAAAUGAUCGGCUUAUAUUAGUUCAAUUAACUAUGUUCAAAUAGGAACCAAAUCAAAACUACUGACAGAAGGGAAAACGGAAGCUAUACAUUUUUAUGAGAUAAAACAGCAGUACAACAGGUGUGUUGUCAAUGAAUUUCCUACUUUUAAUUUCGAUAACCAAUGCUAUGUUAUAAGAUUGUCGUCAACAACCACCUUAAAAACAACUAUGUUUCGUAGGAAGAAACAAAAAAACGGCUGAACAUUGGGAGUUUCCCAUUCUGAUGAUUUAUGUUCAAACUCGCUAAUAAUACAUUAUUUUUUAACUUAAACUUCACUCCUUCCCCCCGAUAGAUAGAGUUUAUUUUCUGUAAAUAAAGCAGUAGUGAUUACUCGACAUACUGGCGUUGAUCCGUAGCCGUUUCGUCCAAUUCAUCCGAUUUAUUCCCACUGGAAAUACAACAUCGUUGAAUGCGCAUUUUGCAUUGCAUUGAAUAUCCCGCUAAACAAAUUUCAGAUUGUGGAUUCUAUUUUCACAGUCAUCUCAUUCAUCAGUUUCUCAUAGCCACGUGAAUGACCGGUUACUUUUAACGACUUUCAAGUGACUCUAUUAUCCAGAUAUUCGCGUUUUCGUUCGUUCGUCAUAUUGGACGCCGCUGCCGUACCCACAUUGUUUACCUGCCAGUUCCAGUCGAAGCAAUAACUCACUGUUCUUCAAUCAAGUUCUCUUCAAAUCGACCAUUUGCGCACUUAGAAACAUGACUGUAGUUUCCCUGGUUAUACGCUUUCUUUGGUUUUCCAAGUUAUUACGGCAUCAGGACGAAGUGUCAACAGUCUUACUCAAUUUACUUCACCCACGUGCGAACCUAUCGCGAAUGGUAGCUCAGCGUUCGUACAUGACGACUGCCGCCUUGGAAACUAUUAAUAUCAGAUUCAUAAUAAGCCGAUAACGGGCGAGUCAUGAGUAUCAUGUUAACAACUAGCGGAACUCAUCAACCAACACGUGAAGAACCAACGAAGAAUAAACCUAACAUCAAGCAUAAACGAACCGGAGUUAUUGAGCAAAUACCCGUCAACGGCUUGUACAUGAGACAAAACAUACAAGACCACCGAUUACCUACUUGAGGAAGGAAAACGGCGGCCGGUCAUUUCUCACAAUCUGGAGAGAGUCAGAACCAGCUUGAGGUUCAGCCGUCACCUCACUCACUAAAGUGACUUUCACGGUCAUUUUGGACCUUGGUUAUUUAUUACAUCCCCUUUUGAUUGUUAUGUUAUGCUAGUCACUAUUUCAUAGCACACGAAGAACUAUUAGCCUAUUCAAGACAAAUUGACAGCAUGCUUAUCGACGAUAUGAAUGGUCCUUGUGUAGAAAUAAUAAUACAGUUAAAUCUCUUCCAUUUAGAACAACAUGACGUUCUAGUUGUUCAAAUCAAACGAUAUGAAGCAGUAUAGGUACACAACUCAUGAACUAUUUUUGUAUUAUUUGUGAUGUAUUUGUUUGUGUUCAUCACAGCUGUUUCGAUAAAGGUAUCAAAUUAACAUACUCUGUUAGGGUUUAAUUUAGAGCAAAUCUUACACUAAUCCGUACCUACCUACAGGGAAAUCCAAAACAUCUGACGACAUGAGUGGUGCCUCGUGGCUACUUCAACUACGGUUAAAACACGAAAAGCAGCAGGCAAAAGAAAAAAUGCUUCGUACUAGGUCCAACCAUGCCUAAUAGUUGAUCUUUAAUAACUAACAGACGGUUGUAAAUUCCCAAAGGAUUUGUAUACUAGGAUGAAAUAUACAUUUGGUAUCUAA